GUUCUCGACUCGAAACGAGGAAACCAUUUCUGGUACGAAACGAGCCCUCGUCUCUCUCUCUCUCUCUCUCUCUCUCUCUCUCUGCAUAUACACCAACCUGCCCACCUUUUCUCCGACUCUGUAGAAAACCCUUUUCACACACACUUCCAGGAUUUGAUUUUGAUUUUGUUAAUCAAACUUAUAUGCCAUAUCUUUCUGAAAAAAGAGAUGGUGGAAUGGGCAAGGAGGAGGACAAAGAAAAUGGAUUUGUGGGUAGCGUUAAUGGUGCUGAAGUGGAUAUGGGUUCUGCAGAAAGUGGUGUUGUGGAUGAGAAAAAUGGAGGUUUUUCGUUGAAGAUGGUGAGUGGUGAGUGUACGGAUGGUUUGGAGGCACCCCAAGCUGUUGUUAGCGAUCCGAUUGCAGCAGCCAAAGGGGAAGAGUCGGUUUCAAAAUCUCGGGAUGGUUCUGGGAAUUUUGUUGGUGAUUCGUUGAGUUGUGAAAAAACUUCAGGAGGGGAAGAUGAGACUUUAAGGGAAUGUGCAGAGGCAGAGCCAAAUAUAGAAAGUCAUAGACGUGAUGGUUUGGUGCCAAAUGAGAAAGAUGAAGUUGCUUUGGGAGCUGGUGGUAAAGCUUCUGUUGUUGUGUUGGAAAGGUGUCCAAAUAAUGAGCAUGACCAUCAUGAGGAUGAAGGUGGCUCGUUUGAGAGAAAUUUGAGCUCGAAUUCGGAGGACUCGAGCCGCUGUGAGCGUCUUGCGGCUUCGACUUCUGUGAAUGGAAAUGGGAAGCCUCAGUCUCAUGAUGAUGGCUUGAAUGUGGAAGUGAAAGAUGAUGUUGAUGAAUCUUUGCCUCAAAGAGUACCCGAGGGAAAGAUUGAUUCUCUUGAGUUGGUACCUUCUGAAGGAUUACAAAAUAAGGUAUCUGAAGUUAAAUCAGAGGCAUGGAUCGAUGAAAAUCAAAAAGCUGGCGUACAUGUUCCAAAAACACAGGUAUCUGAUAGUGCUGGAAAGGAUUCUAAUUUGUUCAAUAUUGUUAUUGAUUUGAAUCCAUAUAAGGACAACGACGUGAAAGGAGAUGUGAAUGUAAGAUCGGUGGGCCCGAAAUUGGAAUUACCUGUUUCUGAUCUGGUAUGGGGCAAAGUUAGGAGCCAUCCCUGGUGGCCAGGACAGAUAUUUGAUGCUUCAGAUGCAUCAGUAAAGGCAAAGAAGUAUUUUAGGAAAGACAGUUCCCUGAUUGCUUAUUUUGGGGAUUGUACAUUUGCUUGGAAUGAAGCAUCACGGAUAAAGCCCUUUCUGGAACAUUUUUCAGUAAUGGAAAAGCAGAGCAAUAGUGAAGACUUCCACCAUGCAAUUACUUGCGCUUUAGAUGAGGUUUCUAGACGUGUAGAGUUUGGGCUGGCUUGCCCGUGCCUAUGUGAAGAAGUACAUGCCAAACUCAAAACUCAGGUAAUUAUUAACGCUGGGAUCCGCAAAGAAUCAAGUAGAAGACAUGGUGGAGAUAGUUCUUUAGGCAUAGCGUCUUUUGAACCUGUGAAACUUGUCAAGUAUAUAAAGGAAUUAGCUUGUAUGCCGUAUGGUGGAGAUAAUAGACUUGAACUUGUGAUAGCUAAGGCCCAGUUAUUGUCUUUUUAUCGAUGGAAGGGUUAUUUUGAACUGCCUGAAUUUGAUAUGCUUGGAGGGUUGCUGGAGAAUGAUGCUGAUAUUUUACAACUGGUGGAGAAGACGCAUUCCAAUGAAGUGACUGAAGGUGAAGUUCCAGCUACUAAAGAUGAUGGGUCCGUACCCUCUGGGAGAGCAAAAUUUAAAAGUCAACAUGGCUCUUCUCUUAAGCGUAAGCUUAUGUCUGAGGAUAGUUUGUAUCCAAGUAAAAAGGAGAAAAGCUUGUCAGAUUUGAUGGCUGAGAAACGCAUGCGUACUCCCAUCGGAGAAAAUGGUUCAAAAGGCAAAGCUAAGAAGUCUAUUUCACAAUCUACCAGUAAGAAACGCAAGGCAAUUGAUUCUCAGUCAGAUGACUCAAACGUGAAACCUGGGAAAAUUUUGUCAACUACGGUCGAUCCACUGGCCAAGCAGAAUUUUAGUGUAGGAGAGAGCAUUCGUAGGGUGGCAAGCCAGCUAAAUGGGUCAUGUUCCAUACUCAAGUCUGGUGAUGAAAUGUCCAAACGUUCUUCAAUUCAGACUAGAAGCAAAGACAAAAUUGUAUCUGAUAAAUCACAAACUGAAAAGCUUGAAGAAAGAGAGUAUGAUGAAAUGUCCAAACGUUCUUCAAUUCAGACUAGAAGCAAAGAGAAAAUUGUACCUGAUAAAUCACAAACCGAAAAGCUUGAAGAAAGAGAGUAUACUCCUCAUGAGAUGCUGUUAAAGCUCUGCAUGGCUGCUCAGGAUCCCCUGAAACAACACAAGUUGUUAGUGCCUGUGAUUACAUUCUUCUCGGAGUUCAGGAAUUCUAUUUUCUUGUUGAGGGCGAGUUCUCGGGGACAUGAACAAUCAAUGGAACAACUCUUUGGUGGUAAGCCUGGGAAGAAAUCAAUGAAGCGUGCGAAGUUAUCAAUUCGCUCAGGAACCAGUGAAUCUCAGUUGGAGUGUAUGAAAGACUCUUACUGGUCUGACAGGAUAAUUCAAAGCCUUCCAGAAGAGCAAUCAUCACAAGAGAAUCAAAAUUCCCCUUCCACCGAACCACAAGCAGCUGUUGAAUUGGAUUCUAAAAGUCAAAGUGCUGGUGAAAAUGUUGAAUUGGAAGCAGAAAAGUCAGAGGACAACUUGAGUGAGAGUUGCAACGAGGAUCAGUCUUCUACGGCCCUGAUUUUGAACUUUACAAACUUUGAUUCUGUUCCUUCAGAAACAAAUCUGAAUGAGAUAUUUAGCCGCUAUGGGCCUUUGAAUGAAUCAGAAACUGAAGUCAAGAAGAAAAGUAGUCGUGCCAAAGUGGUUUUCAGGAGACGAUCCGAUGCUGAAACAGCUUUCAGCAGUGCAGGGAAAUACAGCAUGUUUGGACCUUCACUUGUUAGUUACCGACUCAAGUAUUUUGCAUCUACUCCAAGAAAGGAUUCUCUAGAUGUGGCAAAGCAGGAUGGGAAAGAUCCAGCAUCUUCUGAAAGCAAUGGAACAUGAUACCACAGAACUCCAAUGAAGAUGAUUCAGAAUUGUAGUACAUCAAACUUGAAAAUUGAACUUGCUGUUCAUUUUUUUUUUCUUUUUUUUCCCCUUUUUUUGUGGUUCCUAGUGGGGGAUGAAUAGUGUAAUGUUGGACAUAUAGGCUGGGCUGUUUAUAACUCGAAACUUUUUUCUUUUGCUAGUUGGUUUAUAACUCAACUGAGUUGCCAUGCAGUUUACCAAAAAAGGAAAAAGGAAACCUUAGUUCCCAUGCAUAUCAUAUGAGUUAGGAUGGACAUUAGACAUGGUUAGUUUUUUGGAAAUUACUAGGAUAGGCCAAACCAAGGUAUGUAUACCAUGUUUUUUAAUCAUUUGAUAAUCUGAAAGAACUGCAUUCUCAGUGAAA